UGCCCACUCAUAUACGUUUAGCAUCUGCACUUUUCGAACUUUCUAGCUUUGAAUACUACUAUCAUUUGCUUUGUUCUCUCUUUCUUAUUUCUUCUCUGUGAGUACUCCUCCCUCCGCCUCCUCCACAUUAUCCAAUGGCUCUGGGAACCCUCUCUCUCUCUAAAAACUUACCAGUAAUGGAGUUUGAGCUCGAGAUUAAUCCUUUAACAAGCUUAAAGGAACACCAAACCGACACCGUUCCAGCUCUCUUCGCCGACGAAUGUCAUCACAUUCCUUCGCAUUACUUCUCACACAGCUCCAAAUCCAGAGACUUUUACAUCUCUGUUCGUCGCGAAGCUGUUUCUUUCAUCUUAAAGGCACAGUUCUCAUGCAAUUUCGAUCCCUUCAUACCUUACCUCGCCAUUAGCUACAUCGAUCGAUUCAUCUCCAAGCAAGAAAUUCUGAUACAGAGAAAUCGGUGGAUGGUUAAGCUUCUAACGAUCUCGUGUCUGUCGAUUGCUGCGAAGAUGAAGAACACCGAAUUGUUGCUCUCCGAUUUACAGAGGGAUGAUGAAGGUUUCAUCUCCGACGCGAAAUCGAUUCGCCGGAUGGAGCUCCUCGUUCUCUCCACUCUCAACUGGCGAAUGCGGCCGGUUACCCCAUUCUCGUUCCUGCACUUCUUCCUUUCCUCGUUCGAGCUUCGACAUCCGCUGUCAAUUGAAUCUCUGAAAGAUCGAGCUUCGGAGUUCAUCUUCAAAUCUCAUUAUGAAAUGAAGGUUUUAGAGUAUAAACCGUCAAUAAUCGCAGCGUCAGCUCUCCUGUGCGCAUCUCAAGUGUUGUUUCCUAUGGAAUUCCCCUGUUUUCGAGCUGCCAUUGCUUCCUGUGAAUACGUAAAUAAAGAGAAGCUGUUGAGUUGCUUGGCAAUGAUGGAGGAGACAGAAGCAACGGACACUGACGAGUCACAGUUUGACGCAGUAGCUAGCGGCACAAAGACGCCCGUUAGCGUCCUGGACCGUCUACUCUGCUGUACGCCCACUCAAAGCGAGACCACUGCUACAAGCAGCGGCACGAUGAUCACAGAGAGUGAUAGUAUUAUCAAACGGCGGAAAAUCAAUGGUCCCGAUCUCUCGUACUCUACGCUUCUAAGAUCGCAUGCGACUGAAUUCAGUGGUAUGCGAUAAGUCUAUAAUCAAAAACACUUGCACGGCACAGACCCUCUCGUAAGUGUUUGUGGGUGUAGCAAAGUCGCAAUACUACGUAGGAUGGUCUACCGCGCACGAGGCGGAAACAGAGGGUCUGAUUCGAACAGAAACAAUGUGAAUGGCUCACAGCGUUCUAGCUAGUUUAGGCUAUGGAAUUGGACGGUUAAAAAACCGUUCUUUUUUGUUUCGAGUUCUUCUAUUCUUUUAACCAUUUAUGAAAGUUCGUGGUUAUGUUCUUAAUUUGACUUUUUUUGAUUUGUGUCCACGUGAUUUGACAGACCAAAUUAGUAAUUAAACAAAAUAAAUGUACUUAUUUAAGAGUUUGCUCAUCCA